ACUCAAACUCAAGAAACCACUUUUGUGAAACCCACUGCUACCCAUUUGAGGACCCCGCUCCUUCCGUUGACACCAUGGUCAGCUCCUGUUGUGGCUCCGUCUGCUCUGAGCAGGGCUGUGGCCAGGAGACCUGCUGCCGCCCCAGCUGCUGCCAGCCUGUGUGCGGCCAGCCCACCUGCUCUCGCCCCAGCUACAGUGUGUCCAGCUGCUGCAGGCCCCAGUGCCGCAUCUCCAGCUGCGGCCGUCCCAGCUGCUGCCAGCCCACCUGCUGCAGGACCACCUGCUCUCCCCCCAGCUGCAGUGUGUCCAGCUGCUGCAGGCCCCAGUGCUGCAUUUCCAGCUGCUGUCGCCCCAGCUGCAGCCAAUCUGUGUGUUGCCAGCCCACCUGCUGUCGCCCUAGUUGCUGCCUCUCCAGCUGCUGCCAGCCCUCUAGCUGUGGCUCCAGCUGCUGCCGCCCCUCCUGCUGCCUGCGCCCAGUCUGUGGCCGCGUCUCCUGCCACACCACUUGCUAUCACCCCACGUGUGUCAUCUCCACCUGCCCCCGCCCCAUGUGCUGCCCCUCCCCUUGCUGCUGA